AGUUCAAGCCAUUUUUCCUGCUGUUCUUCUUCAUCUUCUUGGUCUUACUAAUUCUGUUUUCCCGCACAAAAAGAAGGUUGCUGAAUACACAAAAAAUGGGGAAAAUAAGCUAUAAGAAGCUAAAAGGCAGCCAAAACUUCCGGCAGAGACUCUUAUUAUCAACCCUCUCCGCCACUCCUAUUCUCAUCGAAGAUAUUCGAGCCGAAAACACGCUGCCGGGCCUCACUCCCCACGAAAUCUCCUUCCUCCGCCUUUUCGAAAGCGUCUCCGAUGAUUGCCAUAUCGAAAUUAAUGAAACCGGUACAAAGUUGAAGUACAAGCCUGGGAUUGUAAUGGGCGGAAAACAUUAUGUUCAUGAUUGUGGUGUUAGUAGAGCUAUUGGGUAUUUUUUGGAGCCAUUGAUUGUUCUUGCUUUGUUUGCUAAGAAACCCCUUGAGAUUCGACUUAAAGGGAUUACGAAUGACACUAAGGAUCCAUGUGUUGAUACUUUUCGCUCUACUUCCUUACCCAUGUUGAAGCAAUUUGGAGUUCCGCCAGAAGGGUUGGGAUUGAAAAUAGAGAAUCGUGGAUCUCCGCCUCUUGGAGGUGGGGAAGUUGUUUUAUCAGUUCCUGUUGUUCAAAGUCUACAGGCAGUCAACUGGAUUGAUGAGGGAAUGGUUAAGAGGAUUAGAGGAGUAACUUACUCUACUAGAGUGUCGUCUCAGUUUGAAAAUACUAUGAUACAUGCUGCCCGAGGAAUCUUUAAUCGUUUACUUCCAGAUGUUCACAUUUUUACUGAUCAUAAAGCUGGUCUUCAGGCUGGAAACUCUCCUGGUUAUGGAAUUUCCUUGGUUGCUGAAACGACUACUGGAUGCUUUAUUUCUGCUGAUACUGCUAUUUCAUAUGCUCGAGGGGAUGAUCUAGGUGAACUGGAUGAUGAAAAGAAAGAGUUGAUGCCUCCAGAAGAUGUUGGUAAGCAAAUUGCUUCAGUUCUUCUUGAAGAGAUUGAGCAAGGUGGAGUUGUAGAUUCGACACACCAGGCAUUAUUAUUUCUUCUAAGUGCAUUAUGUCCGCAAGAUGUAUCAAAGAUUCGUGUUGGGAAGCUCUCACCUUACGGAAUUGAAACUCUGAGAAAUAUCAGAGAGUUUCUGGGGGUUAAAUUUGUUAUUAAGCCAGAUCCCUCGACAGGGACAGUUAUACUCAAAUGUGUGGGAUGCGGGUUGAAGAACCUCUCUAGGAAGACCUCAUAAUGGCAAUCAGUGACAAUAUGAUACGACAAUUUUGCUGGAGAAGGUUCUGUUCAUUUAUUCAAGUUUUUAUUAAUAGGCUUAGCAUGGAGGACAGCAGUUGCAGCUUUGUGCAAUCGGUUAAAUUGAAACUAAGAUGUUGUAAAGUCGCCUGGACUAGACUUUUGAUUGAUCAGUUCAAUUUGUAGGGGCCAAGUCCUUUUAGAGUUUACAUAUAUACUGUUCAUGUAAACUUGGUCGUCCAGUGAUCAAAAUUUUGAUAUUCAUUGAUUAAAGCAAACAAGUAAAGUUUUGGGAUA